CUCUUUUUUUCUUUGUUUAUUUCGUUGCGAUGGCGAGGCUUACAUGCUUAUUUGUUUUGGCAUUGGUGACUCUUACAUCUGUCAAUGCAGCUAAAAAUGUGACUCGAAUUGAAGACUGUCCAGCCUUGACACCUCGUAAUGGACCAAGAGAUGUGCACGACCUUCGUCCCGAUGAUAUUAAGGUAGUAGGUGCAUUAGGCGAUAGUAUUACUGCUGGUUUUGGUAUUAUGGGUUAUAACAUCACUCUUCCUUCUCCAAUUGCACUCUUGGAUUCAUUUACUGAAUACCGUGGUCUUAGUUAUAGUGGCGGUGGUCAAGAAGGUGCUUUUACAGUACCAAAUUACAUUAAGCAUUAUCAGCCAUCCUUGACAGGUUACUCCAAUGGCAAUCAUACCCUUCACAGCUGUAGUGCCAACAAUUGUUCUGUUUCUUACACGGCCCAAGAUGACCAACUCAAUGCUGCUUUAAGUGGUGCUAUUGCAAAGAACUUGGACCGCCAAUUAGACUAUAUGAUUCAAGAAAUGAAAGUCAUUACAGAGUUGGAUUUUGACAAUGAUUGGAAAAUGAUCAAUAUUCAAAUUGGUAGUAAUGAUAUGUGCAAUUCGUGUGAACAAAACGAAGUAAAUUAUACUACGCCCGAGAGCUAUGGCAACUAUGUGAAUGCUGCCAUUGAUAGAAUUCAACAAAAUAUUCCCAAAGUAUUGGUGAACUUGAUUGGCACUUUUAAUGUCUCUCAGAUUUUUCCUUUAACAGCCAAUCAGACGUAUUGUUCACCUAUGACCACGAAUGUUAGAGUCAACUAUAACUUAGGUGAAUGUAAUUGUGCUGGUGUCCCUGGAGGACUCGAGAAAAUGGAUCAACUUUCAGCAGAUUAUAAUAAAAGACUCUACGAUAUUUACGAAAAGCAUCAACAAAACAAGUCUGCUGAUUUUGCUGUGGUCUAUCAACAAGCCAACCUUAACAUCACCAGUUUUCCUAUUGAUUUCUUUAGUAAUCUUGAUUGUUUCCAUCCAGGACUCAAAGGACACCGUUGGGUAUCUAAAAUAGUCUGGAAUCAACUCUUUUCUAAUCAAGCCAUGAAACCCCGAAUCUUUAAUUUCAAUGAAAGUCAAACUAUCUAUUGUCCAAUUGAUUCAGAUAGAAUUGUUACAAAUUAACUUUACUUUCGUGAAUCAAUCAAUUCAUGCGCAAUGUACCUUCAAAGCCAUGUGACGUAGCUUUCUAAUAAUAAAAUUUCUUGGCUUUGAAAUCGUUUUGAUACUUGCUUUAAUUGGAAGGCUACACACAUGCGUGUAACCG